GAUAUGCAGAGGAUUGUUCUGGGUUUAUUGUUUGGAUCAGCAAGGAUAAGUUGAAAGGUUUUGUUGUUGAUUAAUUGCAGAUGAAGAUGGAGGUCUUUUUUUUUUUUUUGGCCAUUUUCUGUUUUCAUUUUCAAAGAAAACAGAAAAUAGUUGUGAAAACGUGUUUGAUUAAAAAUUUGAAAAUAUUUUCAGAGAAAAUAUUUCCGAAAAUGGGUCAACUUUUGAAAAUAAAAAAAAGUCGUUUUCACAUUUUCAAUGAAAACGGAAACGAAAUGAUGAAAACACGCGGUGGCAGGGUUGUAAUUAUAAUGAAAUUGGUUUCUUUCUUUUCUUUUUGUUCUGAAGGAAGAAAGUGUGUGCCGGCCCUAACCUCUGCAAGUUCUUCUCUGCUACCUCCUUCAUCCCACAACCAAGAUGGGAGGAAAAACUGAGAAGGGGGAGAGCAUGGAAUGGACAACCCAAAACACAAAGAUAUUCAUUGAUAUUAUUUAUGAUCGAGUGAAAAAAGGGCAGCUGCAAGGGUCUACAUUUAAGAAAACAAUAUGGGAAGAAAUAAACAUUGAGUUGCAAAAGACAAGUGGAGCACCCCUACCUGAUGGUGUAGAAAGGCUGAAGGGAAAGUUUAAUCGGCUACGCCUUCAACAUCGUGAAUUUUCAACUUUGAUAUCUCGCACAGGAGUUACAUGGGAUCCUGAGGCUAACAAAGUGAAUUCUCCUGAAGAAGUAUGGGAAGAGAUGUACAAGAAAGGAAAAUUCUACAAGCAGUUUAAGAAACAUGGAUUUGAGCAUGACUAUUAUAUCCUUGGUGAGAUAUUUAAUUCUAGUACAGCAACUGGAAAGUUAAGUCAAGCUUCUACUCAAGAGCCACCAAACUCCGAUGAAGAGAGAGAAAUAGAGGAAGACUUUCUCUCAAAAGGUGUUCAUAUUGAUUCUAAAGUUAUUGAUGUUGAUGGAGAGGAUCUGCAAGAAGUUAGUAAAAGGAGAAAAGUCACUGGGACUUCUAGUGAAGGUCGUCGUAAGGAAGCAAAAAAUUCAAGGCUGGAUGUGUUAGAAUCAGCAGUGACCAAAUGGUCUAACGCAAUGGAUGCAAGGGCAGAUAGAUAUAAAAAUGAAGUUGAUUCUUCUGCAGACGCAUGCAUUAAAUUAUUAGAUUCCAUGGAUGGUAUUUCCCCAAAAGUUUUCAGCAUUGCCGUGGAGAAGUUUACAAAUAAGGAUUUGAGAAAAAUGUUUAUAGCAAUGUCUUCAAUUAGGAAAAUGGAUUGGCUAGCAUCUCUUGAGUAG